CCCUACCCUCCAAAAAAUGCCCCAGGAAGCAAACCCACCCGAAAUUCUUCCUCGCCAAUUCUUCCCCAACAACCACCGCCGCCGCCACAACCACUACAGCCGCCGCCACCGCUGUCCGCGCCACCAAUUCCCUCAGGGCUAACGUGGCAGCGGAAGAAGUAGCAGUAAUAGAAGAAGAAGCGUUGGACCGCGGUGACGACGAAGAUAACGAGUUGAUGAAGGGUUUCACGAAGAGCGAGGUUACCAUGAUUGACACGAGCUUCCCUGGUUGGAAGGUGGACAAGUUGGUGUUCAGGAAAAACAAUAUUUGGAAAGUGAGGGAGAGAAAGCACAAGUCAAAAUUUUUUACUAAGAAGAAGAAGAAAACCUCUGAUGUUAAUGGAAUUGGGAGCUCCAAGGACAACGCAGUCAACAUGAAACGAGAGAAGCCUAUGAAAGACUCCCAAGGAUAUAUUGCACAUCAUCUCUAAAAGACGUUUCUGGAAAAAUUAAGAAAGGAAAAACAAGUCUCUGAUUUUAAUAAAUGACAUUCCUUCUUAAAAUAACAAAGGAAGCCGAACAAAGGUUAACAAAUUUCAAGUUGGCUGCUGUAGGCUGCUUCUUUUUUGUGCUAUUUCAUUGAUGAAGGCGCUACCGGUCUUCUAUUAGCAAUCAUGAAUGUAUAAACAACUUUGUUUCCUCAUGAAGAGAAUUGCUUGGUGGUUUGACUGUUUGAGUCCCAAUUGAGGUUCUAAUGCAACCUUGUAAUUUGUAAAUGUUUCUUAUAUUUCCCUCUAACUUGCAACAUUCUUUCUUCAAUACAUAUGCAGUCUUCUCUUCUUUUC